CGAUCACGUGGUACGGUAGCUCCACGACAACCUGCCUUCUCUUUGCUACCGCGUCUGGUUUUGCGAUUAUAAAGGAUGGCAGAGCAUGAGCCACCCCUCUCGUGUGACUGCUUUGUGUCCUUGCCCCCCGGCUCACAAGAUGAUCACGUGAUUUUUGGGAAGAACUCAGACCGUCCUAGAGAUGAGGUCCAAGAGGUUCUUUACUACCCGGCAACCAGUCACCCAUCUGGGACCAUGCUGGAGUGCACGUACAUUCAGAUCCCCCAAGCAGAAUACACCCAUGCUGUGGUCCUCAGCCGGCCUUCCUGGCUGUGGGGGGCCGAGAUGGGGGCCAACGACAAGGGGGUCUGCAUCGGGAACGAGGCUGUGUGGACCCGCGAAGCUAUCGAUCCAGGGGAAGCCCUGCUAGGAAUGGACCUGGUCCGCUUGGGGCUUGAGCGUGCGGACAGUGCCUGGGGGGCGGUGAGUGUGAUCACUGGUCUGCUGGAGCAGCAUGGCCAGGGGGGGCCAUGCAGGGAGGACCCGGCGCCCUUCAGCUACCACAACUCCUUCCUCCUGGUGGACCGCAACGAGGCCUGGGUCCUGGAGACUGCCGGCAAGCUCUGGGUGGCACAGAAAGUCACCGAGGGGGUGAAGAACAUCUCCAAUGCGCUGACCAUCGGGACGGAUAUCUCGGCUGAGCACCCAGAGCUGCGGAGUGUGGCCCAGGCCCAGGGUUGGUGGAGCGGCGAGGGAGAGUUCUGCUUCAAUGAGGUGUUCAAGUCUGAAAACCCCCCCGCCAGGAUGGAACUGGCCAAGAAGCGCUACAGUGGGGGCACACAGCUCCUUCAACAGCAUGAUGGUUCUGUGACGGCCGAGGUGAUGAUGUCCAUCCUGAGGGACAAGCCCAGUGGGAUCUGCAUGGACUCUGGGGGGUUCCGCACCACUGGCAGCAUGGUGUCCAUCCUGCCCCGCGAUCCCAGCCUGCCGUGCAUCCACUUCCUCACUGCCACCCCCGACCCCUCCAGGUCUGUUUUCAAGCCUUUUAUCUUCUCUGAGUCUGUGACCCCAGUGUCGAGGGUGAUCUCCCCACAGUACGGCCCAGACGACCCGGUCAGGAAGCAGCCGCGCUUCCAGAGCCAAGUGGACCGCAGGCACGACCUGUACAAGGCCCAUGAGGGGGCCCUGCAGACGAUGGAGACCAACCCGGACGCAGGGAAUGCUCUGACGGAGACAUUGAGGAUGUUGGAGGGCCAGUGUCUGACGGACAUAUCAGCCCUGCUCAGUGGAGAAAUACCAGCAGAUGAGGAACUGGGGGACCUGUUCUUUGACUGUGUGGACACGGAGCUGAAGUUCUACCAGUGAGGAGCGCCCUCAUGUGGAGAAUGCUAGUGCUUGCAGAUCGGCAGGAGAUGGCCCUGGGACUGUUACAUCCUGUGCUCCUGUUAGAUUGGCUCCCUCCCAUCUCACGCAUACGAACCCCCUGAUGCCACUCCAUCCAUCAUUAACACAGAAUAUAAAUGUCUUAACGUUCCAUGGGAUUGGAACAUCAUUAUCAUUUGUAUCACUUUAGGGAGCAAUGCUCGCCCCACAUUAGUGAGUAUGUGAUAGACCACUACAGGAGUGUACAUUACCAGUUAAAAGUUUGGACACACCUACUCAUUCAAAGGUUUUUCCUAUUUGACUAUUUUCUACAUUGUAGAAUAAUAGUGAAGAUGUCAAAACUAUGAAAUAACACAUGGAAUCAUGUAGUAACCAAAAAUGUGUUAAACAAAUCAUUAUAUAUUUGAUAUUCUUCAAAGUAGCCACCCUUUGCCUUGAUGACAGCUUUGCACACUCCUGGCAUUCUCUCAACCAGCUUCACCUGGAAUGCUUUUCCAGCAGUCUUGAAGGAGUUCCCACAUAUGCUGAGCCCUUUUUGGCUGCUUUUCCUUCACUCUGCGGUCCAACUCAUCCCAAACCAUCUUAAUUGGGUUGAGGUCGGACGAUUGUGAAGGCCAGGUCAUCUAAUGCAGCACUCCAUCACUCUCCUUGGUAAAAUAGCCCUUACACAGCCUGGAGGUGUGUUGGGUUAUUAUCCUGUUAAAACAAAUGAUAGUCCCACGAAGCGCAAACAAGAUGGGAUGGUGUAUCGCUGCAGCGUGCUGUGGUAGCCAUGCUGGUUAAGUGUGCCUUCAAUUCUAAAUAAAUCACUGACAGUGUCACCAGCAAAGCACCCCCACACCAUCACACCUCCUCCAUGCUACACGGUGGGAACCACACAUGCGGAUAUCAUCCGUUCACCUACUCUGCGUCUCACAAAGACACAUCGGGUGGAACCAGAAAUCUCACAUUUGGACUCAUUAGACCAAAGGACAGAUUUCCACCGGUCUAAUGUACAUUGCUCAUGUUUUUUUGGCCCAAGCAAGUCUCUUAUUUGUGUCCUUUAGUAGUGGUUUCUUUGCAGCAAUUUGACCAUGAAGACCUGAUUCACACAAUCCGCUCUGAACAGGUGAUGUUGAGAUUUGUUUUACUUGAACUCUGAAGCUUUUAUUUUGGCUGCAAUCUGAGGUGCAAUUAACUCUAAUGAACUUAUCCUCUGCAGCAGAGUUAACUCUGGGUCUUUCCUGUGGCGGUCCUCAUGAGAGCCAGUUGCAUCAUAGCGCUUGAUGGUUUUUGCGACUGCACUUGAAGAAACUUUCAAAAUUCUUGAAAUGUUCCAGAUGGGCUGACCGAUAAUGGAUGUAAUAAUGUAAUGGACUUUCAUUUUCUCUUUGCUUAUUUGAGCUGUACUUGCCAUAAUAUGGACUUGGUCUUUUACCAAAUAGGGCUAUAUUCUGUUUACCACCCCUACUUUGUCACAACACAACCGAUUGGCUCAAAUGCAUUAAGAAGGAAAGAAAUUCUGUCAAUUAACAUUUAACAAGGCACACCUGUUAAUUGAAAUGAAUUCCAGGUGACUACCUGAUGAAGCUGGUUGAGAGAAUGCCAAUGGUGUGCAAAGCUGUCAUCAAGGCAAAGGGUGGCUACUUUGAAGAAUCUCAAAUAUAAAAUAUAAUUUGAUCUGUUUAACACUUUUUUUUUGGUAACUACAUAAUUCCAUGUGUUAUUUCAUAGUUUUGAUGUCUUCACUAUUAUUCUACAAUGUGGAAAAUUAGUGAAAAUAAAGAAAAACCCUUGAAUAAGUAGGUGUUCCAAACUUUUUACUGGUACUGUAUGUAUGUGACUAUGUGUAGAUCUGUUUCACAUUAAAACACCGACUGUAAGUACACCAUUUGUAAAAUGUGCAAUUCAUUGUUACAAGUGAAUGGGGGUUAGUUGACAGACUGCCCCAUGAGAAUUAACUAAUAAAAUAUUAGCUCUGUC